UUUUACAAAGCCAUUCAACUCCGACAUAGUGAGGCUUCUCCAGUGCUGUGUACAUCAGCAGGAAAGGACACCAUCACUACUGCAGCUCAACACACUGCUCUAUCUCCCAGUCACUUUGUUCAAGGACUAAAGUAGCGUGGACACUGUCUACCAAACACGAGACUGGAAAGUGUGGACAAGAGACUUUACUAACUGGACAAAAGAAGAGGAAUGGUUUUACAAAGCUGAGAGGAGACACCUGCUUUCCUGGAUUUGAUAGGAGAAGUGGUUUACAAGGACUGCAGCAAAGACCUGGUUUAUGAGGACCAAGUAAAGAACCUGGUCUCAAAACCUCCGUCUCUAUUUUCCAACAUCCAACUUUUUGAAGCUAUAGUACCGCUCUCAAAGAAGGAUUGUACUUUUCUCAAACUUGUUCUUUCAGAGAAACCCCUUCAACAGAGGUAAGGUGAAGAGAGUUGUCCGGUGUGCUGCUUCUCAUUCGUCACCCCUUGCCGCAGUCCUCUCAUCACCUUCUCCAAGGAGUGUGUGUGUGUGUGAGUGUGUGUGUGUGUGUUCUGUGAGUUGUCUGCUCUUUGUGGCACAGGAUGCCAUCGUUAGCCGCGUUGGCUGGGGUGUUGGCGUUGCUUCUCCCUGGGCUGCAGACAGGAUGUGGCUCCCCUACUGUAGCGGGAUCACUUGCGGAGGUGGAUGGGGCUACACGGGGACAGGAGCAGGGGCUGGUGGAGGAGAUCCAGGUGACCCCCUGUCCUUCCUGUGUGCUGGCCCAGAUGAGGAGGGACUACCUGGGCUCGGACCCGGGUUAUGUCCCGGCCCCUCCUGGAUCUGAGUCAGCAUCUGAAUCGGCUUUGGCCCAGACUUCGGCGCAGAUGGACAUGGUGGAAGCGGUGAAGCAGCACAUCCUCGACAUGCUCCAUCUCAGCGCGAGGCCCAACGUCACUCACCCGGUACCGCGCGCCGCCCUGCUCAACGCCAUCAAGAAACUACACGUUGGCCGUGUGGGGAAGGACGGCAGCGUGGAGAUCCAGGAGGAGGGGCCGGGGGGCGGCGAGGGGGCGGCGCCCCCACUCGAGCCGCCUUCCGAGAUCAUCACCUUUGCCGAGCCAGGUGACACUACAUCCGCCGUGACCUUUGACAUUUCCAAGGAGGGCAGUGAGCUCUCAGUGGUGGAGCAGGCCAACGUGUGGCUCUUCCUCAAGCUGGCCAAGGGGCAAGGGCGAGGCAAGGGUAAGGUGAACAUCCAGCUUCUGCAGCGCCGCCGGCAGAACACCAAAGCUCCAGGCUUUGCCUUCACCGAGACCCAGGGCGAGGAGGAGGAGGAGUUGGUGUCUGAGAAGAUGGUUGACACGCGGCGCAGCGGCUGGCACACGCUCCCCGUGUCGCACAGCAUCCAGUCCCUCCUUGACACCGGUGGCAGCGUCAUUGAUCUGCGAGUCUCCUGCCCGCAGUGCACCGAGGCGGGCGCCACACCCAUCUUGGUCCCCACCGAGGGCGAGCAACCGGGACGUGAGAGGGAACAAUCCCACCGGCCUUUCCUCAUGGUCGUAUUGCGGCCCGGCAUGGAGGAACACGCUCGCCGACGCGCCAAACGCGGCCUGGAGUGCGACGGAAAGAUGCGCAUCUGCUGCAAGCGGCAGUUCUAUGUCAACUUCAAGGACAUCGGCUGGAACGACUGGAUCAUCGCGCCGCCGGGCUACCACGCCAACUACUGUGAGGGCGACUGCCCCAGCCACGUGGCCAGCAUCACGGGCUCCUCGCUGUCCUUCCACUCCACCGUCAUCAAUCACUACCGAAUGCGGGGCUACGCGCCCUUCCAGAACAUCCAGUCGUGCUGCGUGCCCACGCGGCUACGCGCCAUGUCUAUGCUCUACUACAACGAGGAGCAGAAGAUCAUCAAGAAGGAUAUCCAGAACAUGAUCGUGGAUGAGUGCGGCUGCUCGUAAGAGACAGUGAAAGAGAGCAAUAUAGACUCAUCAAUAACAAGGAGACACCAUUGGGAUGAUGGGCCAUUUAUCCCUUCAAACAAAAACAAUACCUUUUUUGGGGGGAGUCAUGUAAAAAAUUUGUUGACUGACUGAUCUGUCCGUUUCGUCUGAUUACCCGACGGGAAAUUGUGAAGUCUCUUGUGACACUUUCAGAUUAAAAAAAAAGAGAUACAGAAUAUAUUUUUGUUGAAUGGAGAGCACUAGGGACUAGUCAUGUGAUUCCUGCUUCUCUGCACUGCAAUGAACACGGAACAAUUUUCCCUGAAAGAAACACUAUGUAACUGAUCAAGUAUUACCGUGUGAUCUUUUUAAUGUUUCUUUACACAUUAUGGGUGUUUUGAUUUAUUUUUAAUUUGUAUACAAGGAAGACUUUUUUGCUAAGUUUUUCGUUGUUGUUGUUUUUUUGUUCAAAUGCGCGUCUGUGUUUCAGUUGUUUGUAUUGUUACUGUUGAGAGAUACUUGAAAGAAAUAGGUUUGACCAGCUACUGGAGCCAAACACUUUUAUAAUUAAUAACAAGUUUUAUUACUAUUAUUAUUAUUAUUUCUGAACUAUUUUGUAUUUUUUACAUAAAAAAAAUAAUGAAUGUUGAAAUUUGCACUAUACCAACAUUCUUGCCAGCUUGAUCACAUUGACGGUAAGUGGCAAUA